CACGCACGAGUCAUAAUUUCGUCAUUUUUGUGUCUUCCAAGUUCCAACUUCCAGACUUCUUCCUUUAUCCUUAUCGUCUUUUACGUACGCUCCGCUGCCAUUUGCUAGUUGUCAGGGUGGCCUUGGCCCUUGUGGUUUUCAAUUUUGUUUCGGAAUCUCUCUUUUCCGGGAAAACGUUACUGCUCGCCAUUGGCGUACUGUUUGUCCGUUUGUGUUUGUUGUUGUGGCUUCAUCGCUUUCGUCUUUAUCAGUGUAUCAUCUUUAUGGUUCGGAACGGCGUUGCUGUGUAAAACUGCGAUUUCGCUGUUGGGAAUUAUGAGUUGGGAAAAGCCGUCUGUACGAGCGUUUCCGUCGCAGGAGCGACUAUCGCGGAAGAGAUUACUAGACAGCGACACGUCGCACCGUGUGUCAGCAUGGUCGGGCAUUCCACAGCUUCGCACACAGUCUGUGAUUCGCUUUGCACCGUCCCAAAUCCACACACAGUGUACAAACCAGUACGCACAAUCAGAAUCGAGUCCCCGAACAUCGGAGAGUGUCCCCUCAUCCCGCUCUGAUUCCCCUCCGACAUCGUCCACGAGUACGGACAUUCAACCCUUUAGUCUGCGGAGUGGAAGAUUCAGUUCCCCCAGCAAUCUGGGGCCACGCUCGGGGAAGCUCAUGCGUUUGUCCGACCCUGCCGGUUUGGCGCGUGAUUCCAUGGAGAUCCUUGGGUCGAGCCUGCCGAGCCAUUUCGUCCAUUCCCUGCACUCCCCGUUCUCCGUCGACAAGUACUGGGAGGUGGUCAGAGCACGGAACAGUGUGCUGGAGAAGGUGAUCGCGGGAGUGACGGCGGCGUACGAAGCCGCUUACGGCGACCAGAUUGCGGCGCUCUCCGCGUUUAUGAUUUCGGCGCUGCGGGACGGGCUCGUGCCGCAUCAGCCGCAGGCUACACCGUCACGUUGGCUCAAGCUACUCGCUGCUUUUAUCCAGAACACAGUGGAGCGUUUGGCUACCUUUGCCUCGCUGCUGACUGGCUUCCACGAUCUCUCCCACGACGAUCAGCGGACGUUAUUAGUGGAAAAACACCUCAUCAGCUAUGUGAUGCACUAUGCUAGUUACUUCCACAAAGGGGAAUAUUAUUAUAUGUUUCCUGGUGCGGACGGCCUGCAUUUGUCCAAAUAUGUCCUGGACUCGCUGGAGAUUGAUCCGGAUUAUGUGCGUUUUGUUGAUUCGUUCUAUGCGUCAAUUAACAGUAUUGGCUUGACUUUACCGGAGCUUUAUCUGCUGUUAGCCGCGGCUAUAUUUUAUCCAGAAAUCACAAAAGCGUCGAAUAAGACGUUGAUGGGAUACCUGCACGUGCUGUACAUGGACGCGUUAAAUUAUUCCAUUGGGAAACGCCUGAAUGUCGCCGAUCGCGCGGUGGUCUGUGCAAAAGUACAGCGGAUUGUCGCCCGAUUCCCGCUGAUCGACGCCAUCUCGGUGAAUUACGUGCAGAACCUCAAUGUCAGCAGCGUUCCACUGCGUUCACGCACACUGGGCUUUAGAGAUUCCUUUCCAAAAUGAACGGCUGCCGCCGAUGCCAUCGCUAGUCCGCCGUUUGCCAAGGUGACUUUUCUUCAGUCUGCUAUGGUGUAGAUUGUUUACGAUAAUCUGGAUAAUGAUCUCGGUGGAGAAUUUAUUUUUUAAUAUGUUGUUGUAAUUUUCCCUGUUGUUGAAUAGUUUUGCACAGUACUUUGUUUGCGCACAGUACAAGUCUCGGCCUCGAAAUA